CUACGACAUGUCAUGUUCAUGUCGCUUUCUCUUAUUCGAUCAUCGCGGGAAUCUACGUGGACAACACGUACGGCGGUCUCGUGCACGGCAAGGGCAUCUGCCCCGCCAGCCCCUGGGCCGCGUACAGCAGGCCCGACGCCGCGGGCAACACGGGGCUGCCCUGUAGCUGCGCUCCCAUCUCCAGGUGGUACCUGGAGGACGCGCCCAGCGCCGAGGUCUACCCGAAGCUCAGGGAGGGCCGCUUCGACACGGUGGGCGGUUGCGUGUGGACGGCCGAGGACCUCGCGCGGGACCCGUCGUACUGGGACGGCGGCCGGGAGCUUCUGUACUGGGAGAAGAGGAGGCUCGAGGCGAAGGGGUGA